AUGAUGGAUAGUUCAUUAUUUAUCACUGUAUUCGGUACUGUAAUAUUAGUUUGCAUCACGUUUCUGAUCUGUAGCAAAAGCAAGCUUUUAAGGAGUCUAAGAUCAAUAAUACCGUCGUCAAAAAACACAUACCAAAAACUUCCUUUAGGUUCUCUGGGAUGGCCUCUUCUUGGGGAAACCAUUCACUUCAUCUCUUGCGCUUACUCGGAUCGCCCUGAGAGCUUCAUGGACCGCCGUCGCCGCAUGUAUGGUAAAGUGUUUAAGUCACACAUAUUUGGAACUCGAACUAUUGUUUCCACAGAUUCGGAAGUGAAUCGAAUUGUACUACAAAGUGAUGCACAGGCUUUCGUCCCGUUUUAUCCGAAAUCCUUGACGGAGUUGAUGGGAAAAUCCUCCAUUCUGCUAAUCAAUGGCGGCUUACAAAGGAAAAUCCAUGGCCUUGUAGGAGCCUUCUUCAAAUCUCCACUCCUCAAACAUCAGAUCACAAAAGACAUGCAAAAUUAUGUCCAACUAUCAAUGGAUAAAUGGAGAGAAGAUCAACCCAUUUACAUUCAAGAUGAGACCAAAACUAUUACCUUUCAAGUUCUCAUCAAGGCAUUGAUUAAUAUGAAUCCAAGUCCGGAAAUGGAAAUUCUCAAGAAACAGUUCCAAGAAUUCAUGUUAGGCCUUAUGUCUUUGCCUGUUAAAGUACCCGGAACUCAACUUUAUCGAUCCUUGCAGGCAAAGAAAGGAAUGGUUAAGAUUGUAGGCAUCAUUAUCCAAUCAAGAAGGAAUGCAAUUGCAGGAAAUACCUUCACAGUUCCAAAAGAUGCAGUAGACGUUUUGCUUAAGGAUGGCAGUGAGCUAUUAACAGAUGAUCUGAUAGCAGAUAACAUGAUCGAUAUGAUGAUUCCUGGUGAAGACUCGGUGCCUGUUUUAAUUACUCUUGCAAUCAAGUACCUUUCUGAUUGUCCCGCUGCUCUUCAUCAGUUGACGGAGGAAAACAUGAAGUUGAAAAUGCUCAAAGAUAACAAGGGAGAGCCAUUGAUUUGGAGUGAUUACUUGUCAUUACCUUUCACACAAAAUGUUAUUACAGAGACAUUAAGGAUGGGAAACAUAAUAAUAGGGGUGAUGAGAAAGGCCAUGAGAGACAUUGAGAUAAAAGACUACUUAAUACCAAAAGGAUGGUGUUUUUUGGCUUAUUUUAGAUCAGUUCAUCUUGAUAAAAAUCACUAUGAUUUACCUUAUCAGUUUAACCCAUGGAGGUGGCAAGACAAAGACAUGAUUAACAGCUACAAUUUCACUCCAUUUGGCGGUGGACAAAGGCUCUGCCCUGGACUUGACUUGGCCAAGCUCGAAGUUUCCAUUUUCUUACAUCAUUUUGUCACCAAUUUCAGAUGGGUGGCCGAGAAUGACACAAUUGUCAACUUCCCAACAGUACGGAUGAAGUCGAGAAUGCCAGUUUGGGUCAAAAGAAGGCAAGACUAAGAAAACCCUAAACCUAAAUUCAAGCAGAUUUAGA